AGUCUUCGCUUCAGUAACUGACCGAUCGCGAAACCCAACGCAUCUCAACGCGGACCCAAGAGACUGCGCACACGAUUUGUAUACUCUAUUAUAGAGCACAGUUUACGCAUCGUAGAGUGAACUACCACUAGCUAGCAUCGAGUGUUUCGACUUUUCCUCGUCUGCUUCACAACUGCAACGGAAUGGCUCGCCAGUUUCGCCUGGCCAGCUUUUUUCUCCUGGCGCUUUUGCUCGUCGUAUCCGUCGUUGACAUCGACGCCAAGAAAAGAGGUGGUAGUUUCGGAAGUUCUGGUUGGGGCACUUCCUCUAAGAGAGGGUCCUCUUCAAAACCUCAAAGCAAACCGCAGCCGAGCCAUUCAUCGUCGGGAGGCUCCCAACCUGGAACAAUAGGAUGGAAUGUACCAAACAACAAUCGAGGUGGAUCCGCUAGUAGCACCGUACCUAAAGCAUCCGCUCCGAGCGAACACAUCACCAGAACCGGUGCCAGUAAUGUCAACUCUGGCUAUCCAGGAUCAGGACAGCACUAUGGUGGCAAUCCACCACCGUACAGUAGCGGAGGCGGCUAUCAUCAGCCCUCGGGUGGCUACAAUCCCUCUGCAGGCUAUCAUCCAUCCUCGGGCGGAUAUCACCCAUCCUCGGGUGGCUACAAUCCCUCGGGCGGCUACCACGCUCCCUCGGGCGCGGGAUACCAUCCCAACGGCGGCUACACGCCUUACGGCAACGCCGGUCACGGCUACAGCAACACUCCCGGAGCAGGAUACAAUCCAUCCUACGGUUCUGCCGGCGUUAGUCAUGCCCAACCGGCCCAAACCAUACUCGUGCAACAAUCCUCGCGACCUGGAAUCGGUCAGCUGGCCAAGGAGGCUUUCGUGUUCGCCGGUGUUAGCGCCGGUGUCAAUGCCGCCGUCAACAGGCUUCUACCAGGUGGAAUCUAUGGACACAGUCCGAGCUACGGCGCCAGCAGCAGCGGCGUAGUUCCACCAGUGACGCACACCCAGAUCACCUACAACAAUUACUACAACAACGGAUCGAGUGCGCCAGCGCAGGACGCGGGUGUGAACCCGGCAAACGUACCGGCGCCCGCCUACCUUCAAACGGGUCCCCCAUCUAACGGAGCUGCUGAACCUGUCACUGCCGCGCCAUCGGCUUCCGGGAGGCCUGACAACGCCCCCGCUCCUGCUGCAGCUCCUGCUGCCGCUCCUGCUCCUGGCCAACCACAACAGCCUCCGGCUCAACCCCAGUACCCUCCUAGCCCGUCCGGUGCCAUAAUCACCGAUGCCGAUCUGGAGGCCCUCUCGGAGGACCUAUUCAAGCAGGACAGCAACAACGCCAUGAAGCACAUCGUCAUGAAGAUUCAAGGACGCAAGACAGAUGACAGCUCUACCGACGAUGCUCCAGAAAACUUAUUGGAAGUGAAACCAGAAGCUUACGAAAUCCCGACUGUGAAAGCAGUUCUUGCGCUUCACGAUAAUUAUGAAUUAGACGUGAAAACCAAGGAAACUGUGAGUUCAGAAGAACGUAAGGAGGAAUCCGAUCUGUUGGACGCUUUUCUAACUACCGACGUCAUGAAAGCCGCCAUGAAGUUCCUCUCUGACAAAGGCUACGUCCCUAACGACGAGUACGAGUUCAAGGACUCGCUCAAGCGCAUCUGGUUCUCGCAAUUCAAGCGAAUGGAAGGCGAGCCAACGAGCUCAGGCUUCGAGACCGUAUUUUUGGCUGAGAAAUUCGACAACGAAAUCAUCGGUCUACACAAUUGGAUUUACUUCGCCAAACAAGAAGAAGCUAAAAAUCUCAAUUAUCUUGGCUUCAUUAAAAUGGCAGAGUUUGGUUCGAACGGAGCUAUUGUAAAGGGUCGCUCAAAGCUGAACGACAUCGUUCAACCAAUUACAUCGAUAUUUGUCGGCACAUCGCCCGAGCUCGAGAUGGCUCUCUACACUAUCUGCUUCUACGUUCGUCCGAACGAUGCUUGCCCGCUGCAAAUGGGUGGUUCCAAGUUCCUCGUCGUUGCUAACCGUGUUAAUUACUUUGGCAAAGAUAUUAUUAUAUCCGCUUUCCCCGAUGUAUAAUUAUAUUUGUAAUGAUUUAAAAGGACCAGUUCUCCACCGAACCUGGCUUGCGUUUGCAGCCGAUUUUUUCGUAAUCUUUCCAAAUAAAUACUCGAUACUUUAGAACCUAAUGUUUUGUUAUAAAAAAGAUUCGAAGUCGACUUUUUUUUCAACAAUCAAUUUCAAAUUGUAGUACAAAAUAUGUAUGAUCGAUAUUUUUCUUACUCAACAAAUAUUUUAUAAGACUUAUAUUGACAACUUUAAUACUCAAAUGUCCAAUAAACCAGACAACUAAAUUUUU